AUGCAGCGCUCCCGGGCGGCCGCGGACGAGGCGGCUCUGCUCCUGGCCGGGCUGGCCCUGCGGGAGCUGGAGCCGGGCGGCGACUCUCCGGGCCGGGGCCGGCGGGCGCCGCGGCCCGGGCCGGGAGACGAGGCGGCGCAGGCGUUGGGCCGCAGAGGGCAGGGCAGCGGCGGCGGCGGCCCCGAGGCCGGGGUGGACGGACUGAGCCACGGGGAGCGAGGCCCGCGGCGCGCGGCGGCCCCCGAGCUCAGCGCGCAGCCGGCGGGCAGCCCGCGGGCUAGCCUGGCGGGCUCCGACGGAGGCGGCGGCGGCAGCGGCAGCGCCCGCUCCAGCGGAAUCAGCCUGGGCUACGACCAGCGCCACGGCAGCCCGCGCUCGGGCCGCUCGGACCCGCGCCCGGGCCCCGGGCCGCCGUCGGUGGGCAGCGCGCGCUCCAGCGUGUCCAGCCUCGGCUCCCGCGGCUCGGCCAGCGCCUACCCCGACCUGCUCCUGCCCGGCGCCUGCUCCGCGCCGGCUCGCUCCCCGGAGCCCGCCGGGCCUGCCCCUUUCGCUCUGCCUUCGCUCCAGCUGCCCCCGGGCCGGGAGGGCGCCCCGAGCUCGGCGGAGCGGCGGCUGGAGGCGCUGACCCGAGAGCUGGAGCGGGCGCUGGAGGCGCGCACUGCGCGGGACUACUUCGGGAUUUGCAUCAAGUGUGGGCUUGGCAUCUAUGGAGCGAGGCAGGCGUGCCAGGCCAUGGGGAGCCUGUAUCACACCGAUUGCUUCACCUGCAACUCCUGUGGGAGACGACUUCGCGGGAAGGCGUUCUACAAUGUGGGUGAGAAAGUGUACUGCCAGGAGGACUUCCUGUACUCCGGGUUCCAGCAAACGGCUGACAAGUGUAGCGUGUGUGGACACCUCAUCAUGGAGAUGAUCCUGCAGGCCCUUGGGAAGUCCUACCACCCGGGCUGCUUCCGGUGCUCGGUGUGCAACGAGUGCCUGGACGGGGUGCCCUUCACUGUGGACGUGGAGAACAACAUCUACUGUGUCCGAGAUUAUCACACGGUUUUUGCACCAAAAUGUGCCUCCUGUGCCCGUCCUAUCCUCCCUGCACAGGGCUGUGAGACAACCAUCCGUGUGGUGUCUAUGGACAGAGACUACCACGUGGAAUGCUAUCACUGUGAGGACUGCGGGCUGCAGCUGAGCGGGGAGGAUGGACGCCGCUGCUACCCCCUGGAGGGCCACCUGCUGUGCCGCCGCUGCCACCUGCGGCGCCUCCGGCCAGGCCCACUUCCCCCACCUGCUGUGCACGUCACCGAGCUCUGAGCUGGGGGCGGGUAGCCCGACCCUGGGGGCGCCUCACCUGCUGUGCACGUCACCGAGCUCUGAGCUGGGGGCGGGUAGCCCGACCCUGGGGGCGUGUGUUUGUGUCUGCGUGCACGCGCGCGCGCGUUUUUUUCGCUCAGGAGCGCGUUUUCCUGCGCACGCACGUGUUUUUGCGCGAGUAUAUUUUUGCGCGCGCGCCGGCGAUGGGUGACCCAGGUCAGUGUCGGGGCUCUGUGUCAGGGUGGGCGCGGCCGCCGGCUCCCACCCCACCCCUACUCCCACCGGCCACCGAGCUGCUGUCCGAGGGGCCGGCCCCGCGGCGAAGCUACUAAUAUUUAUUCACCGUCUGUGCCUCCUCAAACGGCUUCCUUUCUUUCGGGCCCUGGCCGCCUCCCGCCCCCACCCCAUCACCCGCCUUCUGUUUCGGGACCCCCUGUGCCCCGUGGCCUCGGGGGCAGGCUCCCAGACCGGCUCUGGGUCACGGGGCUGAAGGUGGCCGUUACCACGUGCAGGGGCGCGGGGUACGCGGCCGCCGUCCUCCGCCUGGCCUCGGGGCGGGAGCCAGUUACCCUGUGUAGAAGGGGUCUGGGACCCCCUUCAAGAAAGCUGCGGGAAGGCGGGGGUUGCCGGAGGGCACGCGUGUUUGUCUCGUAAGCGCCUGGCCCGCUGGUGGGUGGGAAGGGUUCGUUGUUUGGGAGGGGUCGUAGAAGGGGGUGAGGAAUGACACCCUUAGGGAGUGGGGCCUACGAAGGAGCCCUCCCUUCGGCCAUUGUGGUCACGGCGGGUUUUGGCCACCGGGACUCCGAUGGGCGUUUUCAGCCUUCAUCCCGCCCCGGUCUUCCCAUCCCUGGCUCCUCGUUCCCAACCCCUCUCGGCCUCGGCCUCGGGAAAAGAACACCUCGUGCAGAAUUCCAGCCACAGGUCUCGGUCGAGAGAGGCCGCGAGGGGGCGCCCUGCCCAUCUGUUACAGGAAAGCACUGUGUAUCAGGCUCCACAACAAAAGCAUAUGAUUUGACUUAAAUUAAGUUUUUCCUUUGAGAAUAUUUUCAUUUUCUUUAAAAGAAUAUAGUUUUCUUCUAAAAACUUGGCCCACGGUUGUUAUUUCUUAGGGAAGUUACAAGAAACUCACAAAUGUGCAAUUUGUAUAUCGUAUAUAGCUAGCGUUCAAGUGGUAAAACCUUGUAGUUUAACUACUUUUGUAUAAAUUCCUCUAAAAUCCUAAAAUAUGUGUUUGCCUUAAAGACUGUAGGCUAGCGUGGGGUUUUGUUUAUGUCAGUGUCUUGAGAGCGGUUACCUAAUGUGGUAUGUGGAAAUGGAGAUUUUUUUCUCUUCCUCUGAAAGACACAUCAGCAUUGCGAAGCUUCUCACUGAUUUGCACUUGUGGGUGGCCCCUGCGGCGAGAGACCUCCUAAUCACGGUCACCAUCACGGUGGUUUUUACGGAAUAUUUUAAGACCAUUUGUUCCUAUGAGAACUGAACCACCUCGGCUACUGCUCUUGCUCUCCGUUCUCCCCACUGUUAAACGUAAGAUCCUUCAUCUGGGGGAGCCAGGCCGUAGGAACCAGAACGAUGUCAGGACUGCUUAUUGGGAAGCGUAGGAGGGGAAGUGGCAGCCGGCGGGUUCCAGCUGGGCUAAGGCCUGGAGCCCGGGCGCCCUCUAGUGGGCUGAGGAAGGAAGUACAUGGUGAGUUUGGCGAUCGUUGACCAAAUAUUUUAACGCAGAGGUUGCCCUGAGAUACGGGAAGCGUGUGUCUCCUGAGGAAGGGACUGAACAGGAUCAAGGUGGCUUCUUGGAGGAGGUGAUCCCAGUGGGGCAGGAGACAGUAUAUUCCAGGAAUGGGAGGUUCUUUCUGGCUUUCUCUUCCUCUUGAGCUGGGCUGCUUUGCUUUCUAGCCAAUUAUUGCAAAGCUUUCUUCUGAUUGCUUCCAAGGUCGAAGCCUGCUUUGGCCUCCGUUUCUCCUUGUUGCAAAUUCAGCUCUACUCUUUUCUCUUUCUUUGUGUCUGCUGUGGAGGUGGUCCCUGAUCUUCCUGCCAUGGGGACCACCAUCUCUCUCCACACCUGCUCCAUCCUGGUUACCAUGCUCCCCCAUCCAGCUGGACUGAGUCAUCACAGCAUGGAGCCUCCUUUGAACUCAUGUGCCAAACUUUAUCAAAAGUCAGAGCCAAGGGAAUGCAUGACCCUGGGGGGCAGUGGCUUUAUCUCUGGCCACACUUUGCCCUUUCUCUUUGGGCUCCAUGACCCUCUUUUGCCUUCUCCCAGGGCUGGUGACUGCCACCAUCCCUGUAACCCCAGAGCCUUUGCACAUGCAGUUCGCUCUGCCUGGACCCACCCCCUGCCCGAUGCUUUAAUUCCUGGUCAGAUCCUUCCGAUCUCAGCGACACGAAUAAGCCAGGCUUCUCGUUAUUACACGUCACCGAACACCCAGAAUUGGGGGCCCCGAUCUGUAAGCUCUUUUCCGAAAGCAGCAUCUUCCAGUCCAUUGUCAGGAAUUAUGCUGACAUGAUGGUUGUUGAGACUGAGGAAGCAGUGUGAGAGCCAGACCUCAAGCCAGGUAGAUUACCCAUGAGCCUCCACUGCUGGGUGCCAAACCCACCUGCCCCUAGGAUGUCUCCCCUGAUGUUGACACCUGCUGACACCUCUAACUGGGCUUUUGUUAACUGCUGUACUUCCAUGUACUGAGAGAAGAAGAGUUCUCUUCAUGUCCAUCUCCUCACUAGAGGGUGGGCACUCCAGGCCAGGGUCUGUCUGGGUUGUUCACUCUUGUCUCCACAGUGCCUGGCCUAUGGUUGGUACUGUAACCUGAGGCAGACCCUGCCCUGGCCUUUAGAGUCUCAACUUAGGACCCCUCUCCUUCACUGGUUUGCAAGUCCAAGUACAGCCUCAGUUGCCCAAUGAAGGAGCCACAGGUGGGAUAGAGGCCCAAGAAUGGGUUUACACAAAAACUAUACGUGCUGCACAUCAAGUGUGUGCCCCAGGUAGUACACACACAGGUGUGCCUUUGUGGAUACCCUUGAGUAUUGGGUUCCCUGCCGCGCGUGCUCGUGUGUAUGAGAGAGAGAGGGAGAGAUAGGGACGUUGUUUGAGAUGGGUGAGAAAGAGGGAGAAAGGGAGGGAGGGGAGAGAUGGAGAUUGGGAGGGAGAUGAGAAGGGGCAUGAGAUUGUGAGACAUUGAGAGAGCUAGAUAUUGUGAGGGGUAACGAGAAAUUUUGAGAAAGACAUUGCGUGUGAAAGAAUGAACGUUUGACAGAGAUGGUGGUGGAUUGAUCAGGAGAGACUGGGAGAGGGAGAGAUGGUGAGAGAGACAUUGUAAGAGAGAGAUUGAGAGAGAGGCUGAGAGACUGAGAGAAUGGUGGAGAGAAAGAUUGAGAAAGAAAUUGAGAGGUGGAAUGAACAAGAGGGAGAGAGAGAAAGAUAACUGAGUGAGGCCAACAGAACCUAGGAUCCUUUUCCCGCAAGGCAGGGGGCCCCCAGGGCCAGGUGAUUUGGAAAUAUUUGGAUGGCCUGGCCCACAAACAGGAAAGGUUCGCCUCUUGUAAGUGACAAAGGCUGCGGUGUGUGUGCACGUGUGUGACGUUAGGCUGGGACAGUGGGCUCUUGGAGAUGGGUCUUGAACAUGGGGUGCCUGCAUGGUCACAGGGUAGGAGGAGAUGCUACUGACCCCUCCUGGUCCGUGCUUCCUACCCCUCUUUGGCCAGGACACACAGAUGGGAGCUUGCUGAACUGAAGAUACCCUUGAGUGCCUCUGUGAGCUUGCUGUGGAGGGGCUAGAAGGGGAUGGGCAGUUGGGGCCGUGAUUUAUGGGAGGUGCUGGGCAUAGGAGUCCACACCACAGAUGCCUGGAGAGCAAGGCGGGCCAAUCCUGGGAGCCGUCAGCGGUUGAGUGCGGCGAUGUGUGGGGCUGUGCUCUCCACCAUCUCCUCCCAGCUUCACUCCCAUCCCUGAGGCUGGUCUUCUAGUUAGCAGAUGCCCCCUGGGAGGAGGGUGAAGGGCUAAGCGUAGGCUCAGCCUGCGGGGGCUCCAGGAGGGCCUUGGGUUGGGGUCUGAGGACAGGUCUGGGGAUGGGGGCGGCGCCCAGGUCGCUGGUGACCUUCCACCCAGCAGUUCUGGAGGCCCUGCCCCCGCAUGGUGUGUGGGCAUAUGGGAUCUGCAUGUACCCGGAGUGGGUGUGGGGGGUACCUGGCUGGGAGAGGGGUGUGUGUGCACGUGCUCUGGGGACUCAGUGACUGCUGGGGGCAGGCCUGGCUUGGGGGGUCUUCCCAACCCAGACCUGUCUCCCAGGAGACAGGGAGGCUCUUCUUCAGCCAUCCCAGGAGGAAUUCUGUGUGGCACUGCCUCCUGGGGUAGCAGACUAGUCUCACCAGGCCCCUGGUUCCUGGAGACAGAGCCCAGGAAGUGUCUAGGAGCCUGGAGAACCGGGGCAACACAGCUGGAGUGGAGGGUGCCUCCCCGCUCCUAUCUUCCUGCUCUGGCCCUGAGGACACUGCUGGGCUGCCCUCCCUAAGUCCGGGCGUUUGUGUCACAGGUGGGCCCUUUCCUGUCCUGCAGGGAGGCUCACCCUGGAGGGCAGAGGGGGCCUGGGAGGCUCUCCAAGGACAUCAGGGCCCUCAGGUCUCCCUGGGCUGGGGGGACUAUGGCCCUGAAACAUCUGGCACUUGGGUGGGAAGCACUCAGCAGUGGUGUUUGUGUGCCUGUCACAUAUUCACUUGUCUGUCCCUAGCUGCUCACCUGUCACUCCCAUCAUCCCAUACCAGUGCACACUCUCUACCUGUGCUGUGCAGGUGUGCCUGCCUGUGUCACAUACACCUGCCACUGGUUACAUGACUGUCCCACAGAAUCCACCUUACCUUCCUGAAGUUACCUGCCACACACCAGUCACAGGCACCUGUGUGACCCAGCUGGCUUACUCCCUUCUCUGUGACGGUGCCUUGGCCAUCAGCACCCUGUCCACGGUGGAGUUGCAGACACUGAGGGUAGAGCUCAAGCUCAGGGAGAGGCAUUUCACCGGCCCGACGUCUACCCAGCCUCCUUCAACCCCAGAUUGCUUUGGGAACUCCCUCUUCCACCUGAGCAGCAGUGCUAGUGAGGAUUUCCAGGCGUCUUCAGCUGGGCCCUCUGCCUGGCCCGUGGCCUGGUGUGGCCACAUUCCUGAGCUGUGUGGGUCUCAGCCAGGAGCUGCUGUCCUCCCAGCCAGAUGGGGCCUUUGGAGUCUCAGCCUGUCCCGAACCAGCCCUUCCCGUUGUCCUGCUCAGCCUGGUUCAGCUCUCUCCUUUCACACAGCCCGCUCCGGUCUCCCACGACACCUGGGUCAACUGUGACCCCGGGGAUGGGGGGAUCACUGACUCUGGGGAGGGGGCCUCCCAUCAGGGUGGGAACAAGUUCUCACGGGGGUGGAGAGAGUCCCACUGCCAGAGAGGUGUGUCUUCAGAGAGGCAGAGGGCUGUGUCCAUGAUGGAGGAGGUCAAACAGCAGCCCCGUACCUGCAGCCCGGGAGGCAGAGAGGCUGCUCCCCGUGUGUUGUGUGGGAGCCACGCGUGUGGGUGAGGGGCCGCAGAGUCUAAGGGAAGGUCACAGGAGCCCAGCCUGGGGGUGUCUCACGGCGAGGGGUCGGGGGGAAGACUGCAUUUAGCUCUGAUAUGGACUGACUCUCCCUCCCACCCUCUCUUCUUUAAAAACUAUGUGUCUAUAUUUAAAGACUUCGUUAUACUUGGUCUGAUUGGAAGACAAGAAUACCUCAUUGGCUUUGGGCCUGAGCACCUGGGUGGAUGCCUUCCAUUGUCCUGGAGGGCAGGGCAGGUUCACGUGGGUGCAUAAGUAGAAAAUUCUGUUUUGCCCUUUGGAGAUGCCUGCCGUGUGGAGCAUGUGAGUUUGGAGCUCAGGGGAGACGUCAGGGCAGGAGAUACACGUUUUGGAGCCAUGUGUGUAUAGAGGUAUUUGAAGCCAUGGAUGAGGUCAUGUGGAAGGAGGAUGAGAUCAGGAAAGAGAAGAGGCCCAGGCCUGAGCCCUGGGGUGUUCCCGCCUGUAUCCCUCAGCAAGGGGGAUGGAACAGGGGCACCGGUGAGGCAGGCGGGCAGGGGGAGGGGUUAAGGUGGCAUCAGAGCAGCCAGCUCUUUCAAGCAUAUCGGGCAGAGGUGCAGCAGCUGCAGGGGCUGGGGUCAGGGUGAGUUCUCUUAGGACGCCGAGGCCUGUCUGAGGCUCCCUGCCCAUGUCUGUAAGAGCGUGUACACUCCAUGUGGGCAUUCCCAGGGUUGUCUUCCCCACCGGACCCUGGUCCGCAUGGGGACGGGGGUGUCUGUGACUGCAGUGGUCACAGCUGUGUCCACUUGGAGCCCAGCGUCCCCAGCCUCCGGUGCUGGGGGAUGUUGGUUAAGUGGUUGAGUGAAGGGGUCAAUAUUGUAAAGCACUUAGAACACUAACAGGUGCAUAAUAAAUGCUCAGUAAAAAUGAGUCGCUGUUAGCUGCAGACUAGGAAGUAGCUGAAGACGGGGUGACGGCAGUUCAGGAGGCCUUGCUCCGGGGCCCACGGGAAGCCACAGUGCCCGGCUGUAGACUGGACCAGGGUGGCGGCUCCAGGUGCCGAGGGAGGGAGGGGUUGGAGAUGCCCAGCGGCACCAUGCAGGUCAGCUUCGUGUUGCCAACACUGCAGCUAGCCCCCGAAACUGGACCGUGUCACCAUCCAGGAGCCCACAGCUCCAUUACUACCCUGAGCCCAGGUGAAACCAGGAGCGAUGCAGGAGGAAGGGGCUAACUUAGGAAAGGAGCCUUAUCCAACGCCAUCAAGACGGUGUCUCUCACACACUCAUCCCCCCAGCCUGGAUGACGUCUGCAGAAAGCGCUGACAGCUUCACUCUGAUGACGCAGCCCCGGGGAGAACGUUAGCUGAAGCGUGAAAGUCACUGGAGGCCUUUCUGACAUCCUGUCGGGCCAGACAGGCGUGGCUCACCGCUGGGUGAGGGAGGCAUAGACUCUUUUAGGCCAGCUGGACCCUCAGCUCAGCGUCACUGAAGAUGAGUGUCAGAGCUGCAAACGAUGUUUGGAGAUCUCAGAGCCAAUGAAGGAGGGUGACACUGAACAGCUACAGAGGGACUAAAGGAGCUGGCACUGGGGGAGGAGAGGCUGACCACGAGCUGGAAGAAAAGAACCGUGAGACGGUGACAGAAAAUCUUAAGGAUGUCCAGGUUGAGGCUGAGACUGGAUCCAGAGGCAGCUCAGUAUCAGAGGGAAUACGGUGAAUUUAAACGACAACAGCUGGAAGGAUGUAGAAAACCAGGUGCGUUCUAUUCCUGGGGAGUGGAGCAAGGUGAAUGCUGCUGGGGGCCGGAUGGAGUUGCUACCCGUGCCCUGGCCGGUAGACGGGUUUGAAGCUUUAGAGGUUUCUGCGUAUUUCCAGUGGAGUCUGGAGUCUCAGACAUGUCUGAGGAGCCGCUGUUGUACUGGUCUGGGGGCUCCUUUUUUCUUUGACUAUGCAGUGGGGCUUUCCUGGGCUGUGCGCAGCCGUUCAGAGAAGGGGCUGAAAAAGAUGAGACAUCCAUUUAUGUCUUCC